AUGGCGACUCCACCUGAGUCUCCUGUGGAGGAGCAUGCUUAUGAAUUGGAGCCCAGUAGGACUCCGAAGCCGAUUCCUGUUGCCUUGGAGGAGUUAUGCCGGCAGACCAAGUUUUCUAAACAGGAGAUCCGCGUCAUGUACAGGGGGUUUAAAACAGAAUGUCCAGAAGGUGUUGUGCAAGAAGAAUCGUUUAAGGACAUCUACGCGAAGUUCUUCCCUCAUGGAAAUUCCGCGCUGUAUGCCCACUAUGUGUUCAAAGCGUUUGAUGUCAACUGCAGUGGUGCUAUCAGUUUCAGAGAACUCCUAGUGACUCUUUCCACCUUGCUCCGAGGGUCUGUCUAUGAGCGUCUUCGUUGGGCCUUCCGUCUGUACGAUGUGGAUGGUGAUGGAGCGAUCACCAGGCAGGAACUGGCGGAGGUGGUGGUAGCUGUGCAUGAGCUGCUCGGAAGACGAGCUCCACCUGGGUCUCCGGCCGCCAGGCUUGAUGAUGCUAAGGCUAAUGAACAGGUGGAUCGUGUAUUCAGGAAGCUAGAUCUGAACCAGGACGGAGUGAUCACGAUCGAGGAGUUCCUGGAGUCAUGCCUGAAGGACGACGUUAUAACCAGGUCGCUGCAGAUGUUCGACACCGCUCUAUGA